CAACUGUUUCUUGAUGGAAUCAGCAUGUCUUCUGUUAAUUCUAAUGUCUUGAUGAACAUAUCCUCUUCUUUAAGCUCUCUUAGUCUUGGAGGUUGUGGUUUGCAAGGAAAAUUCCCAAAAGACAUUUUUCAGCUGCCAAACCUCAAGUUGCUUAACUUAGAAGGCAACUGGGAGCUCAAUAUCUAUCUUCCAAAGUUCAACCACAGCAAUCAUCCUCAGCUAUUAGAUCUAAGAGGCACGUCCCUCUCUGGAGCAUUGCCUAAUUCCAUUGGCAAUUUAGUUUCAUUGAAAGAUUUAGAUCUAAGUUUCAUGUCCCUCUCUGGAGCAUUACCUAAUUCCAUUGGCAAUUUAGUUUCAUUGGAAAUUUUGGCUCUAAGUUUUACGAAUUUUUCUAGAGCAUUGCCUAAUUCCAUUGGCAAUUUAGUUUCAUUGAAAGAUUUGGAUCUAAGUUUUACAAAGCUUUCUGGAGUAUUGCCUAAAUCUAUUGGCAAUUUAGUUUCAUUGAAAUAUUUGGAUCUACGUUCCACGCCCCUCUCUGGAGCAUUGCCUAAUUCCAUUGGCAAUUUAGUUUCAUUGAAACAUUUGGAUCUAAGUACGACGUCCCUCUUUGGAGCAUUACCUAAUUCCAUUGGCAAUUUAGUUUCAUUGGAAAUUUUGUCCCUAAGUUUUACGAAUAUUUCUGGAGCAUUGCCUAAUUCGAUUGGCAAUUUAGUUUCAUUGGAAAUUUUGGCUCUAAGUUUUACGAAUAUUUCUGGAGCAUUGCCUAAUUCCAUUGGCAAUUUAGUUUCAUUGAGAUAUUUGGUUCUAAGUGGCACAUCCCUCUCUGGAGCAUUGCCUACUUCCAUUGGCAAUUUAGUUUCAUUGAAAGUUUUGGAUUUAAGUUCUACGAAUUUUUCUGGAGCAUUGCCUAACUCAAUUGGUAACCUUGUUUCCUUGGAAGAAUUGAGUCUUGAAGAAUGUAACUUUUCAGGAAUAAUUCCGAGAUCAUUAGGGAAUCUCUCGCAACUCAAUUACUUGAGCCUCUCAAAUAAUUAUUUUAGUGGACAGAUUCCAUCUUCACUCACAAACCUAACUCAUCUUGAAUUCUUGGACAUCUCUCACAAUCAACUACAAGAUUCCAUUCCAAAUGAGGUAACUACUUUUCCUAAUCUCAUCACUCUAGACUUAUCUUUUAAUUUUCUCAACGGUACACUUCCAUCUUCAAUAUCUCAACUUGUGAACCUUACUUUGCUUGAUUUAUCAUCAAAUAAUCUUAGUGGAAUUGUAGAAUCUGUCCUGUUUUCAAAACUCCAAAAUCUCCAAUACCUUGCUCUUUCAUAUAACAAUAUAUACUUCGACUCUAAUCAUACCAGUGCUAAUUAUACAUUGCCAAGUCUAUAUUUUUUGGAUUUGUCGUCUUGUGAUGUCAAUCAAUUCCCCCAAUUUUUAAGGGGCUCAAAAGUUUUGGAGUAUUUAGACGUUUCCAAUAAUAGAAUUUCUGGCAAGAUUCCCAAAUUUAUGUGGGAUGUUGGGAAAGACUCUUUGUUUUACUUAAAUCUAUCUCACAACUCUAUGACAGAAUUAGAGCAACUUCCAUGGAGGAAAAUCAUAAUCCUGGACCUAAGCUUCAAUUUAGUUCAAGGAAAUCUUCCGAUUCCACCUUUGAACACAUCUAUUUUUUUAAUCUCAAAUAACAAUCUGAGUGGAGAGAUAUCUGAUCUCAUAUGCAAUGUGAGUUAUCUUGAAGUUUUAGACAUGUCUCACAACAAUUUCAAUGGAAUUAUUCCACAUUGUUUUGGAGAAUUAAGCAAAAGACUUUGGAUAUUGAAUCUAAGGAUGAACAAACUUCAUGGAACUAUUCCUUCAACAUUUGCAAGGGGAUGUCGGUUGAAGAAUCUGAACUUGAAUGCUAAUCAAUUGGAGGGGCCUUUAACACGAUCCAUCCUUAAUUGUGGAAGUCUACAAGUACUAGAUCUUGGCAACAACAAGAUCAAUGCUACAUUCCCUCAUUGGUUGGGAACUCUUCAAGAGCUAAAAGUUCUUGUAAUGAAAUCAAAUCAAAUGCAUGGUUCCAUAAAUAGCAAAAGGCAUAUGCAUUAUUUUGGUAAGUUGCAAAUUUUGGACCUCUCCAACAACAGUUUUACUGGACAGUUGCCAACUGGGUACAUAGAAAAUUUCAAGGCUAUGAUGAAUGCUGAAGAAAAUAGAGAUGUCAUGCCUUAUAUGGGGGGUUUGGAUAAGGAAACAAAUAACUUCUACACUUAUUCUGUUUAUUUGAUCGAAAAAGGGCAAGAGGUUGAAUUAAUGAAAAUUUUUGCCACAUUAACAAUCAUUGAUCUAUCAAAUAACAAGUUUGAAGGAGAGAUUCCAAGAGUUAUUGGAAAGCUUCGUUCAGUCAUCGGGCUUAACUUUUCUCAUAAUCACCUUAUUGGUCAUAUUCCACCAUCAUUUGGAAAUUUGAUCAAUCUUGAAUGGUUAGACCUAUCCUCGAACAAGCUCGAUGGAAAGAUUCCAGAACAAUUGUUGAAUUUGACAAUGCUUUCGUCCCUAAACCUUUCCAAGAAUAAACUUGUUGGGCGCAUACCUGAAGGCAAACAAUUCAACACAUUUGAAAACAAUUCCUAUGAAGGGAAUGAUGGAUUAUGUGGUUUUCCACUCUCUAGAAAUUGUAGUAGUAAUGAAGUGCAACAGCCACCACCUUCAAAGUUACAAGAAGAAGAUCACUCAAAAUCUGGAAUUAGAUUUGGGUGGAAAGUUGUGCUAAUUGGAUACAUGUCUGGAUUUAUGUUUGGAGUGGGUAUGGGAUAUGUUGUUUUUCAGACCGGUAAACCCAAAUGGAUUGUGAGCUUUGUUGAAGCCAAACAUCAUCGAAGGCCAAAAAAGUCAAACAAGACUACUCGUACUAGUCGGACAAGGAGUUAGUAAUCAUCAGUGACACUGCAGGUGAUUAAUACGUUUGAGAACAAUUCCUACGAAGGGAAUGACGGAUUAUGCGGUUUUCCACUUUCAAGAUAUUGCAGCAGUAAUGAAGCACAACAGCCACCAUCUUUAAACUUAGACGAAGAAGAUGGCUCAAAAUCUGAAAUUAGAUUUGGGUGGAAAGUUGUGUUAAUCGGAUACAUGUCUGGAUUUAUGUUCGGAGUGGCUAUGGGAUAUGCUGUUUUCCACACCGAUAAACCCAAAUGGAUUGUGAGCUUGGUUGAAGCCAAACAUCAUGGAAGGCCAAAAAAGUCAAACAAGAAUGCUCGCACUAGUCGAACAAGGAGAUAGUAAUCAUCAAUGACACUGCGGAGUUCCUUUGUUUUCUUUGGCCAUGGAACAUAUCAACGUUCCGCUGUGGACUGACCCACUUCUCCUCGCUGACGUUUCUUGCCAACAACACAGCUCUAACUGCAAGAUUUCACUAAAUCCAACCCAUCAGUACUUUCCCCUCUUCAUGUUAUUUCAUUCAUUUUUUAUUCUUCACCUUGUCUGAUACUGAUGCAGCCAUGUCACUAAAUCCGUCUAUGCUGGAUUCAGAUUCUUCCCCUCAACCAAAUUCUGAUUCUUCCCCUCACCCAAAUUCUGAUAUAGAUGUUCCCUGGCAAACUCAAAGUUCAAAAGCAAUUAGUACGCCAAUUAGAAAAUUGAUGGCCGGUCCAUGUUGGGAUUUUCUCUAUCAUUGCCAGACCUUGUUGUAUGUACCGGAUCACCCGAUAUUCCAAUUGAGUUUUCUUUAGAGAAUGGCAUUGAUGGAUCUGAUACUAAAGUAAAGCACAAAACUCCCACUGCAAAGUUCUCCACAGUCUGCCAAACUUUCCACAAAGAAAUGCCCCCGGACUCUUCCUUUGUGCUGCUUCCAUUACCAGGAACUGCAGACUAUGUACACAAGGAGCAUGAACACCUUCCUGUUAUAAGCAUCAAUGCAGGGUGCAUAAAUGGAGCAGUGGAAUUAGAUGGUGUCAUUUAUUCGGACGGCGGUUGUUAUGUUGGUGGUGAUGUUAUAAGGACUGAUAGUGUCGUUGGAGAUGGAGUGGGAAAUUCAUUGUACAAUACAGCGCAAUUUGGUGACUUCUCAUACAAGUUUUCAUCAUUGGAGUCUGGUUUUUACAACAUUGAUCUGCUUUUUGCAGAAAUAGUUUUCACUACCGGUCCACCUGGAAUUAGAGUAUUUGAUGUAUUUAUACAACAAGAGAAGGUGAAAAAACCAGAUUUUAUGCUGCCAAUCUAAAUCACACUAAGUGAUUAGUAUUGUUAUUUGAUCAAGUUUGAUUGAACGUAUUGUGAGUUGUGUCCAGCCUAGACAUAUAUGGCCAGGUAGGUGCACAUAAGCCUCUGGUUAUAUCUAACAUUAAAACAUUUGUUGAUAGCGGUAGGGGCUUACUCAUUAGAUUUGAAGGAUUAAUGAGGUGUCCAAUUGUAUGUGGCAUUACUGUAAGGAAAGAUUCUCCUGCAAGUAAGUUUGUAGUUUGGAUACUUAUCUUUGUUCUCUCUGCUUAUUCAUAUUGUCUAAAACUUAAAAUGUAGGCAUACUUAUUUAAGGUUCUAUGGGACAAACCUCAUAUUAAAAGCCAUAAGUGUUUGCAACAUUCCUGAUAGGAAAUAGUUCCCUACAAACCAUUUAUUUAUUGUUUUUCAGAAAAACAUUUGCCCUCGGCUUGAAGUCAAGAAGAGCUCAAACUUUUACUAAACAAAUUUGUGCAGCAGGUUUUAAAGAGGCUGAAUUGAGAGAUCAUGAGUCGCUAGAAGUAAUGGAACAUUACUUUUUCAAGGUUCGAAUGGAACAGCUGAAAAUAGGAAGUAAAGAAAAUUUGAGAUCAUUUAAUAUUGAUUGCUUGCAGGAUAUGAGUGACUGUGGGGUAGAAGUAAAAUAAGAAAAGCUGCAAAGAGAUUAUGAGCGCCAAAGUAAGGAAAUAGCAGAGAUGAGGAGAGCCUUUGAAGGGCUUAAGAGGGAGAACCAACUUAAGAGUAAAGAGUGUCGAGAAGCGUGCAAAUCUUUACAGGAGCUCCAAAGUGAGCUUAUGCGCAAAUCAAUGCAUGUUGGCUCAUUAGCCUUAGCAACUGAGGGAGAAGUGAAAGAGAAGAGUAGAUGGUUCUCAUCAUUGAGGGACAUGACCAGAAAUUUGAAGGCAUAAAAUUGGAACUGAAUGAUGUAACUAUAAUUUAUACAAAGCUAGAACUUUAAUUUCAAAAUAUUAUGAAGUUCCAAUUUGCAGAUAAUGAAAAUGGAACACAUCAAGCUAUCUGAGGAGGCAUCCAUGUAUAAUUAUUGCUUCAAGGAUAUCGAUGAAAUUGGCUCUUCAAUUCUCUCCAGAAUAAACCAGCAAGCAGAUUUGCAUGAAGAUCUCAAGAUUAAAUUUCUCAGAGGGGCCAAAGAAAGGAAAGAACUCUACAACAAGGUUCUAGAAUUGAAAGAUGGUGAACUCACUGUAUUAUCAAAUGGUGCUCCGAGGAAAAUCUUUAAGUUUGAUGCUGUUUUUGGCCCUCAAGCAGACCAAGCUGAUGUUUUCCAAGACACAGCUCCAUUUGCUACAUCGGUUCUGGAUGGCUACAAUGUCUGCGUUUUUGCUUAUGGACAGACAGGCACAGGAAAAACUUUUACAGUAAAUUUUGGGACUCUUGAGGCAUUGUUUCGCAUAAUUAAUGAGCGGCAGAAGUUGCGUCGAUAUGAGAUAUCAGUCAGUGUCUUAGAAGUAUACAAUGAACUGAUAAGAGAUUUACUGGUUUCAGGCACUCAGCAAGGCUCGGUGCCAAAAAAGGCUUGAAAUAAGGCAAGUGGGUGAAGGAAUGGAUCAUGUCCCAGGGCUCGUUGAAGCACAUGUAAAGAACAUGAAUGAGGUCUGGGAAGUCCUACAGACUGGCAGUAAUGCGAGGGCUGUUGGCUCAACCAAUGCCAAUGAGCAUCGCAGUAGAUCCCACUACAUACAUUGUGUGAUGGUUAAGGGAGAGAAUUUGUUGAAUGGGGAAUGCACAAAGAGCAAGCUAUGGUUGGUGGACCUAGCUGGAAGUGAACAAGUAGCAAAACCAGAAGUGCAUGGAGAAAGACUCAAGGAAACUCAAAAUAUUAACAGAUCCUUGUCUGCACUCGGCAAUGUCAUAUCUGCUCGUGCUACUAAAAGCCCUCACAUUCCUUCCAGGUUAUAAAAAUACAGAGAUGAGUUUAAUCAUGCAGGAAUUCAAAGCUGACACACUUGCUUCAAGACUCUUUAGGGGGAGAUUCAAAGACACUUAUGUUUGUACAAAGCAGUCCUCAGGAGAAUGACCUUGUUGAGACCAUAUGCUCUUUGAACUUUGCAAGUAGAGUGAGAGGGAUAGAGUUGGGUCCGGUAAAGAAGCAAAUGGACUGCUCAGAACUUCUGAGAUGCAAACUGAUGGUACAACCAGCAACUUAUUGGCAACAUUUCUUAAGCCUAAAUUAUCAUUUUGAUGUUACCAACGACAAUUCUUUUCUGGACCUAAAAGGUGGAGAAAUCAAAGUCUUUGUUGAAUCAGACUUUAAGUUUUACUUCUUUGUUUAAUGUCUUAUACUUCUUUUCAUGCUUUUGAAAUAUUGUUUCAUUAAAAAUUUUAUCAAGAAAAGCCCGGUGAGAAAAAUUACCUUGAUAAAA